UCUAUCGACCAAAGCUAUGCUAUUGCUAUUGCUAUUGCUAGCGGUUGUGCUCUGCUCUCGUGCCUAGCUACAUUUGACUUGCCUCCAUUCCCAUCCCCCCCAACUCAAGGAGGAUCUACUAUUCCAUACCAUACCAGACUAGGUAGCGGCAGCAGCAGUAGGAUCGAUCAUCGAUCGAUGGAUGAGCUGUGGAAGGACAUGUCGCUGUGCUCCACCCCGGUGUCGCUACAGUCGUUCAACCUCCACUCGCCGGCCGCCCAUCCCUACCGCGGCGCCGUGUACCUGCAGGACUACCUCGCCGGCGCCAACUCGGUGCCGCAGCCACCCCGCACGCCGCCGCCGCCGCCGCCUCCUCACACGGCGCUCAGCCUCGAGUUCACCUACCUCGGGAGCGCCGCCAACUCGGCGGCCACAAGCUCUGGCGACGACCCUGGCCACUUUGGCUUCUCUCUCUCCGGAGGCAACAACAGCGGCAGGAGAUCAGCCGCCCUCCAGCCGGCCGCGGAGGGUGGCGACCGGCGGCAGCGUCGGAUGAUCAAGAACCGGGAGUCGGCGGCGCGGUCGCGGGCGCGCAAGCAGGCCUACACCAACGAGCUGGAGCUGGAGCUGGAGCAGCUGCGCAGGGAGAACAUGAUGCUCAUCCAGCGCGAGAAGGACUUCAUCAACGAUCGUCAGGCGAAGGCGGCGCAGUUAGCCGUCCCCGACUGCCGGAGCCGUAGGAGCACUGCUAGUAGCCUCCAGCAGAAGCAGCUGCAUCCACAGAGGUGCCGGUCGGCCCCUCCACCAUGAUCGGCCGUCGACUGUAGCAGCACAGCAGCAGAAGCUCCAUUAAUUCCACUUGCAAUGGAUUAAUUGAUUCUCCAAGCUAGUCAUAUUAGCUACUAGAUGACUUGACUAGCAUUGGAGCUCUCAUUAUUAACUACGUAUGUACUGUGUAAUCUACUACCCCUACUAGAUUCUUGCAAAAUUAAGCAAGUAGUUAACUACUGUGGCUCUUCCUUAGUAUGGUAAUAUAUCGAGGGAGUAGAUGAAUGAAUGAAUCAGUUGAGCUACGUGCGCAAA